GACUACCCUGUGACUAUCCAUGACUCUAUGCGACUUAGCUUUUUUACUGAGACUGACCGCAACAGCAAACAAAUGUUGUGCUUUAAGGUUUCUUUCCUCACUGUGAAGUGAUAUUAGCUAUUCCUUGGCUAUUCCCACGGGGGAAGGUCUGACGUCCUGAAGCAUGGGAAAUUUCUUUCUUGCCCACCCCUUGUUCCCACUUGUGGUCCUCUAGAUCUGAGCUAUAGGAGACCACAACAGCGAAAUGUCUACAGAAUAUGAGGAUGUGCUGACAAAUCAGCCAGUGGUCAUCGAUAAUGGUUCAGGUACUAUCAAGGCGGGUUUUGCAGGUCAAGAUCAUCCCAAAUGUUUCUUCCCAUCCUGCGUUGGGCGACCGAAGCAUGUACGCGUGAUGGCAGGGGCCCUAGACGGAGAAGUAUUUAUUGGUCGCCGCGCCCAAGAGUUUAGAGGACUGUUGAAGAUCAAAUAUCCCAUAGAGCAUGGUAUCGUGACUGACUGGGAUGACAUGGAACGUUUAUGGAGUUGGAUUUACGCCGAAGAGCUCGGCACGCUGAGUGAGGAGCAUCCUGUUUUACUGACAGAAGCACCUCUGAACCCGAGGUCGAAUCGGGAUGUAGCAGCCCAAAUAUUUUUCGAUACUUUCAACGUUCCCGCUCUUUUCCUCUCAGUACAGGCCGUACUGUCGUUAUAUUCGUCAGGUCGCACAACUGGGAUAGUUCUCGAUUCGGGGGAUGGUGUAACGCACGCUGUGCCCGUAUUCGAGGGCUUCUCUAUGCCACACGCAAUUCGUCGCAUUGACGUUGCAGGAAGAGAUAUCACGGAUUUUCUCCAGGUCCUGCUUCGCAAGUCUGGACAUCGUUUGCAUACGACAGCGGAACGUGAAGUCGUCAGAAUCAUCAAAGAAAAAUUUUGCCAUGUCGCCCUCAACCCAACAAAGGAGGAGAAGGAGUCUGUGAGAAAGACAGAGGAUUUCAGAUUGCCAGAUGGGAACAUUGUCCAGUUAGGAUCGGAACGCUUUCGUGCCCCAGAGAUCUUGUUCAGUCCUGAGCUUAUCGGACAAGAAUAUGCUGGUGUGCACCAGGUAGUCGUAGAUUCGAUUAAUCGGGUCGAUCUUGAUCUACGCAAAAGUCUUUUUUCGAACAUUGUUUUAAGUGGGGGCAGUACAUUAUGUCGAGGGUUUGGUGAUCGGUUGCUCAACGAGGUCAAGAAGCUGGCUUUAAAGGAUAUUAAAAUCAAAAUAUUCGCGCCACCUGAGCGCAAAUACUCUACGUGGAUAGGAGGAUCUAUUUUAGCUGGUUUGGGAACUUUUAAGAAAAUGUGGGUUUCAGCGGAAGAGUAUCAGGAAGAUCCUGACAUCAUACACAAAAAAAUAGGGUUCUAGCCGUUUCAAAUCUAAGUAUAUUAGGUAGAGCCCAUAGUACUGCACGAUGAUAGAAAAAAUACUGUGAUGUUCCUGGUACCAUAGCGAGGUCUCACAAUUCAACACUAGAAAUGGCACCAUUCAGUUGUUCCAACCAUCUAUGUUUCCACUCUGC